CAUCUACUUACUGCCGAUGUCUGUCUUGUCAUGUCAAGUUGUCAAACUCUCCCUUAUGUUCUAGAAUUGAUAGAUUGUGUAAAUAUAAACAUAAACGAAUAAAAUAAAGGAAGUACUGCCUCAAUUACCCAAAAAUGGCUUUGGUUAUGCAAAGGAAAUUAAACGUGCGUUUGCCCCCAGAGAUCAAUCGUAUCCUCUACAUCAGAAACCUUCCUUAUAAAAUAACCGGCGAGGAAAUGUACGAUAUAUUCGGCAAGUACGGCGCUAUCCGACAAAUCCGAGUGGGAAACACACCUGAAACAAGAGGAACUGCUUUUGUGGUCUAUGAAGACAUAUUUGAUGCAAAGAAUGCUUGUGACCACUUGUCCGGUUUCAACGUGUGUAAUAGAUACCUGGUUGUUUUAUAUUACCAAGCUAACAAGGCCUUCAAAAAGACUGAUAUUGAGAAGAAACAAGAAGAAAUUGAUAAAAUGAAAACAAAAUAUGGCAUCAACACAUAAACUUGAUUUACUUAUUUUGUAUUGCUGAAACACUCACUAAUCUCAUAUGUAAGCAGCAGCAAAUUGUUGCAGUUUGAUUCAUUUGAUUUUUUCCAUGUGAGGAUCAUUUUAUUUUACAUAUAAGUUCAAAUUGUGGAUUAAUUAGGUUAUUAUACAUAAUGCAAUUUUUGUAUAUAUUGUAAAAUAAAGAUAAGAUACUACAAUAAAAAACCCACAUGGUCCUGUAAAACAUUUUAAUUUAAAAUUCUUAAACUACUUGAUUUAACC